AGGGGAGGAGGAGGUAGAAGAGGAGGAGGAAGGGGCAGCCGACUCGAGGACCAGGAGGGACGCCCCGAGCGCAGGCCUCAGCGCCGCGGGGAGUCUUGGCGGUAGACGUCUCCAUCGCGCCGCGCGCGUAAAGGAAAUGGCGCGUCUGGCGGCGGGGGGCCGGCUGGGCGCCCCCCGUGCGCCCCUCCCCCGCGGUGGCCGACCGCGUGUCCGCAGACGUCACGGGCGGCGCUGCUCCCCGGUAGAGGGGCAGCCGGGGCAGAGACCCGGGGAGGAAGGCCAGGGAGGGGGAGGGGCGGCACCGGCCCCCGGCUCCUCUGCAGCCCUGGCCGACUCGCAGCCCAGUUUCUUCCCAAGUCCCGCCCCUACCCUCGGGCGCCGCGGCGGCGGCUGCUCUCCUCUUUGUAACCGAGGAGUCAAGAAAUGUGAGAAACGUGCCCUGUGUUACUUAUUUGGGAGCCGAAAAUUUAUGCCCAGCUGAAAGCGCCCGGGGAAAUAUUACAUCAGAUGAAAUGACAAUGAUUAAAAUCAGCUUCUCCCCCGCCCCCUCCCGAGCCCGGAGGAGGCCCGGGCGCCGCGUGGCUGGCCGGCGGGGGGCGGGGGGCUGGGCGGCGGAGGGCGCGGGGGCCUGGGCGCACUGCUCCCGGGAGGGUCCUGGCGGAGGCCCCGGCGGGAAGGCGCGGACUCCGGGGGAGGCGGGUGGUGAUCGCCCGGCUGAAGGAAGGGAAACGGCGCGUUUUUGUCGCCAGGCGCGGGCGCGCGGAGCUAAUUGCGACUCUAAUCCUCUGCCCCGCGGCGCAGCCGAGCCCCGAGCCAGGAGUCGCCGCGCGCUCCCGCUCGCGCUCGUAGCGCUGGGUAAUUUGGAGCCGGAUCGCUGCCCUUUGCGUCCGGGCUCGGCCGCGACGGGACGCGGGCUACGGGCUAAGGUGGGGGGCUGGCUUUCUCGCCAGCAAUCGGGGAAGGCCGCUGGAGAGAGAGGAGGGAGGAGAGGAGGUGGGAGCGGCGGGAGGGCAGCCGGAGAGCGGCGCGAAGAGGAGGCGGCGGCGGCGGCCGCGAGGAGGGGAGGAGGCGAGGGGAGGGCGGGGAGGGGAGGCCCCGGCGCGCCGCGCCGCGAGGGGCCGCGCGAAGCGGGGGCCGGGGCGGGAGGGGUGGGUGGGGGGAGGGUUGGGGGCGAGAGAGAAAGUAACUCCAGGACGAGACCGGAGCGACCCGCGCAGCGAGCAGAGGCGGCGAGGCUGCGCCCGGCGCCCGAGACCAGCGGCUGCGCGGGGCGGGGGCUGCGCCCGAGUCCGAUCCGCCGCUCCGGCUCCGAGUGGUCUCGGGGAAAGGGUCGUUGUCCAGCACAGAUGCGUUUGUCGGAGGGAGCAGUGGAGGUUCGCGGCAAGGCGUACAGCCUGGGGCUUCCAAUGGAGGGAGGAAGCAUGUCUCGGUUGUCUCUCACCCGGUCGCCUGUGUCUCCCCUGGCCGCCCAGGGGAUCCCACUGCCAGCCCAGCUCACUAAGUCCAACGCGCCUGUGCACAUCGAUGUGGGCGGCCACAUGUACACCAGCAGCCUGGCCACGCUCACCAAGUACCCUGACUCCAGAAUAAGCCGCCUCUUCAAUGGCACCGAGCCCAUCGUCCUGGACAGUUUGAAGCAACAUUAUUUCAUCGACCGGGAUGGGGAGAUUUUCCGCUAUGUCCUGAGCUUCCUGCGGACGUCGAAACUGCUCCUCCCAGAUGACUUCAAGGACUUCAGCCUGCUGUACGAGGAGGCACGCUACUACCAGCUGCAGCCCAUGGUGCGCGAGCUGGAGCGCUGGCAGCAGGAGCAGGCGCAGCGGCGCCGCAGCCGGGCCUGCGACUGCCUGGUGGUGCGGGUCACACCGGACCUGGGUGAGCGGAUCGCGCUCAGCGGCGAGAAGGCUCUCAUCGAGGAGGUCUUCCCCGAGACCGGGGACGUCAUGUGCAACUCGGUCAACGCCGGCUGGAACCAGGACCCCACGCACGUCAUCCGCUUCCCGCUCAACGGCUACUGCCGGCUCAACUCGGUGCAGGUCCUGGAGAGGCUGUUCCAGAGGGGUUUCAGCAUGGCUGCGUCCUGCGGGGGUGGCGUGGACUCGUCCCAGUUCAGUGAAUACGUGCUUUGCCGGGAGGAGCGGCGACCGCAGCCCACGCCCACUGCUGUCCGAAUAAAGCAGGAGCCCCUGGACUAGGCCCUGCCUCAGUGCCCACCUGAGGCCUUUGGGCCCUGGGGACACCCCAGGGACCAGGAAACAGUGCUGGGGAGUUCUGCCUAUGCCUGCUUAGCGGUGGCCAUGAGACUGAGGGUGGGGCUGGAGGGUCCAAAGCCUGCCCAGAGAGCCCCAAGGCCCCGUGUGUCAUGGCAACAGAAUGUGGGAUGCUGGAGGCAUGUCCACUGAAGGACUGUUGAUGUGACCCAAAGAUGCCGAGGUGGGAGAACUCGGCCACCAGUUGUCUGGGCCCCUCAGCUCCCAGUCCGGUCCUCGGGGCUCCGCGUGUGUCGAGGCAGGGUCAGCAGAGGCCUCCCCAGUGCACGCCGAGGAGCUGUCCAUCCUUCACCACACGGCAGACUCCAGUGGGUCUCCUUGCGUCAGAGAUGGCUUAUUUUUCUACAGUAUUUAAGACGGAAGUAAGUGCACAAGUCAGAGAGGCCGACAAGGACCAACGCUUCUUUAUCUGGUGCUCAGCUCAGUCGGACGCGCAGCAUGUCUGCAUGGGGGGUGGAAGAGCUGCUGGACACUCGGGCCCAGGUGCCCGCAGAGCAGGGCUUGGAAACUUCUGGUUUCUGCUCUAGGAGCAGAUGCAGGGAUGGCAGUGCCACAGGGGCUGAAACUGGGCUCCCACGGGGUGGGGCUGCUGGGAGGAGGGUGGUACAGGUGGGGAUGGAUAGCUGUGGAGCCACUUGAGACCCUACCUUUGCUGCCACCUGGGGCACAGGCCACACUUGAGAGCCACCUGACCAACUAAUGCCCAGGGCCUUCGAUUCCUAUCUAUGCGUGCGCACACCUGGGCUCCCAUAGAAGUCAUCUCCCCAUCGGGACCAGCCACGGGGCCACACCACAUCCUUACCUCAGGAAUGGGCCCCACGGUGAAGGGGCCCAUCUGUCAGCAGCAUCCUCUGGGUCCCCAGCUCAGGAAGCCAUCCCCCACUCUGAUUUUCCCACACUCAUAUGCACACUGAAUUUUAAUUAGACUGUUACACUAGCUUGCCAGUAAGACCCGGACAGAGUCAUACCUUGGGUUCUUGGCCCUGGAUUCCAACGAGGACUGCCUCUGAGGGGUCCUCACAGACCUGCUGCCUCUCAGAUGACAGGCCCAAAGAUGGAUACCGCCUGCCUUGUCACACACAGUUCCCCUCCCCUCCCCUCCCGAGAUGGCUCUUUCCCAGGUUGGAGAAACCGCAGAGAACUGCUGGGUGGGCGGGGCGUCCUGGCCAGCACUGCCCCUUGUACGAUGCCUGUAGACUUGUAUAUGACUCCUUUAAUAUUGUAAAGAUACUGAUGUACAAUUGUCGCGUGUUUGUGUAAACUACAUUAUGUUCCUAGUUCAUGCCAUAAAUGAUGCUAUAAAGCGAAAGACUGAGGCUCCAUCCUGUGCAGAAGCGGCAGCCAGAUUCCAGCAUUCCGUGCUGUGCAGGGAGGUUUGGGGAUGGGAUUCCUCCCUCGGUUCCUUCAGUUCAGAUGAGGAAGAACCAACAGCCGUAACUGGGGGAGGGGCAGGAACAAGGGUCCUGAGCUUGCUGUUGUUAAUUGCAUUUGGGUGUUUCCUCACUGCUGUGCCUGUCCCCUCUGGGCAGCGCAGAUUCGGAAUUCUGAUUCACAGCCCCUAACCAGAUGCAGGCUGGGGAAAGGCAGACCCAAAGUGUCCAGGGACUUUUGAACCCAGUCUUCAAUGUUUGUGAUUUUUCCCUCCCUCUGGUUUUUGGUUGAGGUUGACGGCCUCUUUAGAGCGCCGCAGAGCAGUAGGAGAAGGUGGCAGGCGGUCCACGCAUGGCUCAGGCCAGCCAGGGGACACGCAGCCCUUCGCAUGAGGACAGGUCACCCUAGCUCAGCACAAGGCCUCGAGGCGUCUCUUUCCGAGGAGUUUGAAUGUACUUACGCAGGCCUCCAAUUUUAAUGAGCCUUUUUGUAUUUCUCCUCAAAGUCCUUAUGUUCUAACUGACCAGGACCCUUUCCCAUGCCAGUAAGGGCCACCAGCCUCUCCCUGCCUGGGGGACGGGCCACAGCCAUGUGCUGUCUGAGGCCGCAGAGCAGUCGCCAUCCCACUGUACAAUCGAAUUUGCUGGACAGACUUGCCAACCUUCUCCUUUGCUCAGCAACAUGCCUACAGUUGGCACACGGGCAUUUUGGCAUCUGAGGUUCACGUCUGAGAGGAGGAGAAAGUGUUGUGUUUAUUAGAAAGGAAGUCUUGUGGAAACAGCUCAGUGCCGUGUGUGUUUAUGGAUUUUUAUAGUAUGAUAACCAGCAUGGUUGCCGGUCGGUGGAGAUUCCCUAACAUUUUCAAGCAAACUAUCAUUUUGAUUAAACCACUGUGCUAAAAAAAAAAAAAAAGUAACUACCUUACUGAAUGUUACUCUUAUCUCCUUACUAAUUAAGACAAACCAGGAAGUAUGAUUUAGGGAAUUUCUAAAUUUGUAGAGAAGUACCAUGUUCCCAAAGUGAUGCAAAAAUUCUAAGAUAGUCCCUAUAAACAAUAAGUACAAACAUCUUUAUGCUUCCUGGAAUGGAUAUGCUAUAUUGUAAGUAAUCUCUUGAUCAGUUGCCAGCGAUAUAAGUGUUACUUCUGCUCUUCAUAAAUUAUUCUUGAUUCUAAGCAACUGGACAGAUAGCUGUGCCAACACUUCCCUGUUCCCCACCAGACCUCUGCCCGUGCAGGAACUCUGCAAAGCUACAACAGGUGGCUUUGGCCACUGUCCUAAUGACACGGAGCUCAGAGUCAGGUCACGACACUAAUAUCUUUUAAAAAGCUUUUUUUUUUUUAAUUUAAAGCUACCACUUGACUGUGUUCCAUAGAA